AUGCGAAAGAGAGUGCUUUUAGACAACACGAUCGAAUUCCUGCGUGGCAGAGUAUAUCUGGGUGCAUAUGACGAUACGCCUCAAGAUACUGAUGAUAUAGUGUUUUUCACUGUUGAAGAUAUUCUGUUUUAUAAUAGAUUCCACCUGGAUUUUGGUCCCCUUCACAUUGGCCACUUGUACCGGUUCGCAGUCAUAUUCCAUGAAAUAUUAAACGAUCCAGACAACUCGGGAAAAGCUGUUGUGUUUUAUUCUUCAACGUCCACGAGGCAAAGGGCCAACUCUGCAUGCAUGCUUUGCUGCUAUAUGCUUCUAGUGCAGGGUUGGACCCCGCACCAAGUGUUACAGCCUCUUGCUCAAGUGGACCCACCCUUCAUGCCUUUCAGAGAUGCCGGCUACUCUAACGCCGACUUUGAGAUAACUAUUCAAGAUGUGGUUUAUGGUGUUUGGAGAGCAAAAGAAAGGGGUCUGGUCAACUUGAAUACGUUCGAUUUGGAAACGUAUGAACGAUACGAAAGGGUGAAAAAUGGUGACUUCAACGUUUUAACGCCUGAUUUUAUCGCCUUAGCUUCUCCAGAAGAAGAUGCUCAUCAUAGGACAACAGCAUCAAAAUCGCAUUUGAAUGGACCUUUCCGCUCUGUGUUGAAGUUCUUUUCAGAAAAUAACGUCCAAUUGGUUGUCAGAUUAAAUUCACAUCUAUACAACAAAAAACAUUUUGAAGACCUUGGCAUGAAGCAUGUGGAUCUCAUAUUCGAGGACGGAUCUUGUCCGGAUAUGUCGAUAGUGCAUGGUUUUGUUGGUGCAGCAGAAACAAUUAUCAACGAAGGGGGGAAGAUUGCUGUACAUUGUAAAGCAGGGCUUGGUAGGACUGGUUGUCUCAUAGGAGCUCACCUGAUUUAUACUCAUGGCUUUACCGCGAACGAGUGCAUAGGGUUCCUGAGGUUCAUUAGACCUGGUAUGGUUGUUGGUCCGCAACAACAUUGGCUUUAUUUAAAUCAAAACACUUUUCGGGAGUGGAAGUACACCAUGAGACUGAGCUUGGAACCAAGCGAGGUGAUCGGAGAUCUCUUUCCUCUCGUAACGCUGGAAGAAUACAGACGCCAAAAAAGGAGCAAGAGGUCGCUAAAGAAACUUGUUGAGCAAAAUAAUAGUGAUUACACGGUAGAUGAUCACACAAUAACGCCACCGGGCUCCGCCCACAAGAAAGCCUUUCAAUCUAUCACUGGGGUACCGCAAAAUUCUCCGGGCCAGCCCAGAAAAGGACACAAUGGAAGCAACAGAAUAGAAAAUAUAAGUGGAUCCAAAGAGAAGCCGGCAGACAAUAACAGCGAUGACGAAUCGAUGCAAAUUGAUAGCAGUCAAGGAAGUGCGACUAAGCGUAAUGGCCAACCUUCAAACGAAGAUAGCGCAGUUUUGAGACAGCUCCUACCAAAAAACAAACGUGCUGUUUCUAGUGGGACAGGGAGAAGAUCUGCAAGCGGAGCAGGCAUUAGAAAGGUAUCAGGCACUGUCAAGAGAUGA